ACCCUGGCUGUUUCGUACUCGGCGCGCUACGAAAGUAAUUUCCUAGCCAGUCAGCUAUGGCCUUUGAAAGGAUAACUCAAAAGGACUGGUACCAGAUCUUGGGUGCAAAGCCAACAGACAGUCUGACAGAACUAAAACGAAAGUACCAAAAACUGGCUUUGUUAUAUCACCCAGACAAGCAGAGCGCGGAUGUGUCAGCAGGAGAAGUGGAGGAGCGCGUGCAGAGGUUCAUCGAAAUUGAUCAAGCGUGGAAAAUUCUAGGGAACGAGGAGACAAAAAAAGAGUAUGACCUGCAGCAGCGCGAAGAUAAUCUGACAAAAGAAUGGCCACUGCAUGCACAAAUUUAUCUUGAGGAUAUGUCCUGGAAUGAAGGUGAACAAUGUUAUACUCUUUCAUGCCGAUGUGGUGGGAAUUACACUGUCUCCAAGGCUGAAACCAAAGAGGUGUCUUUGCUUUGUUGUGACACAUGUUCACUUGUUGUAGAGAUCCUUCAAUGAUUGUUUCAACCAAGCAUAUUAACUGUUAAAAACUUUUUAAAAACUUUAGACAAGCACUGGACAGCAUCUGCUAAGAAAUAUAUUAAGGAAGAGGGCACUGCAUUGGAACAAGUUCAGUCAGGCUUGAAAGAGGAAAUAUACAUAAUUGCUAAUGUAGUUCUGCAGAAAUGAAGCUUGUGUUUUCUUCCUUUAUUAAAGAGCUAUUUACUAAAAAAAAAAAA